AUGCUAUUAUUAGUUCGCGCUGCAUUUGAUCAACCAUCAUGCGAGGUUCAUACAAAAACAUCGGAUACGGAUUUGGUCACGGAAACGGAUCAAGCUGUUGAAAAAUUAUUAAUUAAUGGUCUUUCGAAACGAUUUCCUGGACAUAGAUUCAUUGGUGAAGAAUCGGCCGCAGCAGGUCAGAAAAUUGAAUAUACCGAUGAACCGACAUGGAUUAUCGAUCCAAUCGAUGGAACAACUAAUUUUGUGCAUAGAAUUCCAUUAGUUGCAAUUUGUGUUGGUUUGGCCAUAAAAAAGCAGUUACGAGCUGGCAUCGUUUAUAAUCCUUUAACGAAAGAGUUAUUUUCGGCACAGAUCGGUAAAGGCGCUUACAAAAAUGGUUUUCCUAUACAUGUUUCUUCUACCACAGGUUCUUAUUUAUCAGCAUUAUUAUUUACAAUUCUUAUUCUUUCCUUAAUCCGAAUUAACGAAGAAGCUGAUUCAUUUCAAAAUUUAGAUAUAAAAUUCUCAAAUAGACUUUUCGUAGCUGCUUCAGCGUUAAAUCGUUGUUUGAUUGCUGCAUCUCACGGGAUUCAUAAUUUGCCAAUAUUCGGUGAAACUUGGAUGAAUAUUUCUUUGGAGAAUUUUCGUCGUCAGUGCUUCGCAGGCAUUAGAGGUUCGAAAGUGCUGAAGGAAUUUUUCUCAGGAUUAUACGUUUUUCAAUAUUAUAGAAAUAUUUCUUCUAGACAUCGAUAUUUCGGUUCGGCGGCUAUUAAUAUGAUGAAUGUGGCACAAGGUUCAGUUGAUGCUUAUGUGGAAUAUGGAGCUCAUGCGUGGGAUUUUGCAGCAGCAGUAGUUAUUCUUCGUGAAGCAGGCGGAAUUAUUAUUGAUCCAACAGGCGCUGAAUUCAAUUUAAUGUCGCGGCGAAUUCUUUGCGCUUCAACACCUGAGCUUGCUGAAGCAGUUUCUUUGACGCUAAGUCAUGUUGAAUAUGAGCAUGAAGCAUAA